AUAUUUUUGAGUAGAAAGUAAACGAUAACCCUUAUUUGAGCUGUUUACUGACUACCACACUAAAAUGGCAGCCUCCAUGAAAGACAGUGAUGCUCAAGUUACAUAUGAAGACCAACAGAAUAUUAACAGAUUUGCUAGAACUAAUUCCCGUCUCAUGGACUUUAAAGAGGAGUUGGCAGCUAAGGAGAAAGAAUUUGAAAAUCUCAAAGAUGCAGAAGAUGAACUGUUGAUGGCAGAGGGAGAUUCAGAUGUAGUUCCAUAUCAAAUUGGAGAAGUACUGGUUGAAAUGACCCUGGAGGAAGCUCAGGCUGCCCUGGAAAAGGCCAAAAUAACCUGCCAGCAAGAGAUUGACACCCUAAAGCAAAAGACAGAAGCCCACAAGGACAUUCUAAAUGACCUAAAAACUGCACUUUAUGCAAAGUUUGGCACCAACAUAAACUUGGACCUAGAUGAUGAAAGCUAGAAUAACUCAUUCACUAUAGGGCUUUUUCUUUUCUUUUAGGUAUAAGAUAUGACUAGAAAUUGUAUGAAUAAAACAUUUUUUUUAUCAA